AUGACGAGGCGACGCCAUGGCUGGCAACGACCAUUUCACCCUUUACAGAUUGUUGGAGCUGUUAUUUAUAGUGUUCUGGUAACAGCCUUCUAUGUAUUCCUCGGAUUCUUCGUUGGGAAUCGAAUUGCUAUUAUCGCACUUCUUUCGGUUUUCUCCUUUGUGGCGGUUUCGGUUAUAGUUUUAUUCGUUAGGUGUACCGCGAUUGAUCCUACGGAUAAAACUAGUGCUAGGAAAAAAAGAAAGGCUAAAUCAAAAGGAGUCUUGAUGAAGCUAAGAUUCAAGGUUGUUUUAGGCCAAGUUGUUGUGAGGUUUUUCAGGAGAUUAGAGAGGAAGAUCUUAAGGAAUUUUCUCAGAAGAACGUAUUUAGAUCCAUGGAAAAGCAGCAUACAGCUCGAACCGCUUCUUCCAUUUCCACUUGUCAUGAAAGAUGAUGAUAAUGCUGUUACACCUGACCCUAAAGAAGAAGAUGAUAUCUCUUAUUGUUCACUUUGUGAUUUAGAGGUUAAACGAAGCAGUAAGCAUUGCAGGACAUGUAACCGAUGUGUUGAAGGGUUUGAUCACCAUUGCAGGUGGCUUAAUAACUGUGUUGGGAAAAGGAAUUACACAACUUUCAUACUCCUGAUGGUUUUCGUCUUGCUCAUGCUAACUAUAGAAGGUGGAACAGCUAUUGCUAUAUUUGUAAGAUGUUUUGUAGACAAGAAAGGAAUGGAAACCGAAUUAAAGAGACGGCUUUAUGUAGAGUUCCCUAGAUGGGCUCUUGCUACAAUAUCUGUUUUCUUGGUUUUGUUAACGGCUUACGGUUCAGCAGCCAUGGGACAGCUUUUCCUCUUCCAUGUUGUUCUCAUUAGAAAGGGAAUGAGAACAUAUGACUAUAUAUUAGCAAUGAGGGAAGAGAAUCAGUUUACAGAAGUUGAUCCUUUUGUUGAAUUGGAUUCAUCUUCUGAUGAAAGUUCCGAUUUUGAUUCGCCCGAAAGACCAAGACAAAUGUUUAUCUCCAAGUUUAUGUGUAGGAAAGCAAAUGAGAACGAGCAGAGAUUAUCGAUAAAGAUCGAAGGAGAUGGAGGUUCGCCUUCUUCCACGUUGAUCAACAAGAAACCGGGUUUUCAUGUAAGCAUAAAUCCAUGGAAACUGAUAACAUUAAGCAGUGAAAAGGCUCUACAAGCAGCUGAGAAAGCAAAAGAAAGACUGAGGAAAGCGAAACCGGUUUCUGAGACCGAAGAAGAUUCACUUAAACCACUUCCAUUAGAGACGAAAUUCGGACUUCUUUUAGAUCCAGACAAUAACAAGACUGUGUUACAACAACCUUCAACAUCUGUAGCAGCUAAGCUUCAGGUUUCACCAGGAAGAUUCUCUAGCCCAAGAAGAAGGUUCUCAGGCUCUUCUUCUUCUUCCGUUGUGCCAUCACCGAAGCAGAAGUACCGGAGUAACUUUGACUUGAAGCUAACGGAAGUCUCUAGAGAGCUUGAAAGUUACAUCUCAAGACAGGUUUUGUGUUCUGUGAUAAAGCAAGAUGGAAGUGAAGCAUCACCAAGAUAA